UCUUUCUCUCUUUCUCUCCCACAUACACGUGCGCGCGUGUACGCGCGCGCACACAUACACACACAUGCGUUUCCUAUCCGCAGAGACCUUGCUCUCGUGGGAUCUGCCGGAGGCCGAGGCGAGAUCGUCCACGUCGCAGUCCAAAUGCCUGUGCCAGACUUCCGGUUGCCUCUGCUGCGUCGACCUGAACUUGACGGCCACUAUCGAUCUAGGUGGCCCGGCUUGCGUCAACAUCAAGCAGAAAGAGCAGAAUGUCUCGUUAAAUUUGAGCUACGGCGAUAAUCCAAUUCACAAUGCAACGAUAAGGAUCGCGAACGCGGCCAACAAACCGACAUGCAUGAACCUGUUGUCGGAUUUGGCACAAAUCUGCGCGCGAUUCACAUCGGUGAAGCAAUCUGAUGUCGGUGGUUACGAUGGCUGUAUGGUAAUCGAGCCUGCUUUGUUGGGCACCCCGCAAGCCACAUAUCCCAUAGGAUGCUUCAAUUUCUAUCAGGGUGUCCGUCAAGCGGAGGUCUCCGCCAUCACAGAGACAACGGAGCCUGCCGACAACGCGGACGAGGAGGAGGACACUCUGAACACCGACGAGCUGAUCGCCGCGGUGUCCGCCAGCGCCGAGCAGGGCAUCGCGCUGUUCACUCAAUGGCUCGGUCUCAACCUGAACCCAAAGCUGAAUCUCACGGGCAAGGACAACGGGCAGCAGGACCAUCAUCCACAGCAAAUGACGAAUAACGAACGGACAGCGGGACCGUCAACCGACGUGUCGUCGAGGUCGGCCCGGAACAUGGUCGAUGUCGUCCAGAACGAGAGGAGCGACGAGCGGUUCAAGCAGCUCUUGAGCGCCCAGGACAACAUCCUGAAGGGCUCGGCGACCAUCGGGCAGUCCCACGGCGCGGAGACCACGUUCGUUUACUCCAGGCCGAGCGAUCUGAUGGCCGAGAGAAACGCGACCGAGGAGGCCAAGAGGAAGCUCGAAGCAGAGGCCGUGGUGCCGCAGCAUCGGGUCGUCGUGCCGAAGGAGUCCAGGAGGGGCGGACGGGCGUACAACAUUCAUCAGCACGUCAACGAGAUCUGAGAAACCGCACCGUCGUGAUCGGUACCUCGUGCAGGAGACCGCCGUCGAUUCCUUCUUUUAAAGAUAGAGAGUGCCGCACGUAGACUACACUCGUACGUACAUAUGCACGCGGAGCUGGGCGAUGAAGAGGAGGUCAGCGCUUCGUUCGACCGUCUCGCCUGUCAGAGGGUACACUUAGCUGCGGUAAUUCAAUCUUCGCGAUCAGUAUACAGAUCGUGAUCCUCUGCAGUAAUACCACCGGGGCUUCGAUAAUGCCAGCGUAUUGCAAUUUACGGUACAGCAAGAUGAGCAACUUCGCACCAUAAUUCAAUCUUCUCCGUCUCCUGGAAAUCGCUGUUGUUAUACUGUUUCUAUAUGAAUAUAAUACAUGGAGAGAUAAAAUGUUAUUUUUUUUAUCAAAAGCUGCAGGUUAUUGAUAGUUUGUUAUUUAAUGUGUUAUAUAAUUUGAAAAGCUACUUACACAGAAUUUGAGAAGAUAAUUUUCACAAGUCUCUUACUUGUAUGUUAUUAUAUUAAAUUAAAAGGUUUUGCUAAACCUUUCUGCAAAUUUUUCUUGCUUAGGUGCGUAGUUUUCCCUACUAUCGCGAUCUUAUGCUGUUCAUCGUGUAUCUCAAUUAUAUUUAUUCUCGCUCAGCUCCUCCAGUAUGAUCUCCCGCGAUUGUGAUCAAUAUUUGCUCUCGAUUUCACUUCGAAAUCGUCGCUUUCUCGCAAUGAUAUACUAAUCUUCGAUAAUUACAAGAUUUUGACUAAACAAGGCUACGUUUUACUUGAAAACUUGAUCAAUUGUUAACUAACCGACGAUUUAUUUAUUUAAAAAAGAAAUUAAAAAUAAAGAUUCGACGACGACUUCGAGUUUCCGCUUCGAGAGAUCGAACGUUGUCCGUCAAUGACAAAUAGCUUAGGCGUUUUAAUCGUGCAUGCCUAUUAUAUGAUUCUUCCUCUUCAAGCCCGUCGAUACUAAGUUUAGAGAAAAAAAUACAACGCAGUUUCGCGCCAUCCGUGUACAUACUAUAAUACAAAGAUACGAAAUGGUGAACGGACUGGGCUAUACGACUGUCACGAGGAUAUACAAUCAAUUUCGCAUAUGACAUAAAAAUGAUAAAUAAAUAAUAAAAUAUUCACUAUAUA